GAAUGUACUUUUUUUUUUUUAUUAAUUUAAUAAAUUGGAAAAAUAGGCUAAUAGUUGCAAGUCGCUUAAUAGUUUAUACUCCAUAGUUGUCAUCGAGAUUAAGAUUGAAUUAAAAUUAUAAAUUUGGCCUUCGAUUUCAAGGGCUAAAACUAAUUUAAUGUCUCAUAGUUUACUCAAAAGUUAAUUCGUUUCACCAUAAUUAUUAACAACUCUAUAAUAUUUCAACAACCUUGAAAUUUUAUAAUCCAAUAAUAAUAAAAUAAAGAUUGUGAAUGUUGAUACUUGAUGUUAUAAUAAUGAAGCACUACCUUGGUAGUUGUAUUUGGUGUUAACACAAUAAUCAUGUAAAUGAAUAAGAAAAACUGAAGAAUUGUAAUUCUCAAGUAAAAUAUAACAAUAUGGCAUUAGUGGAAGGAUUUGGUGAUGAAGUUAUUCAGUUUUUUGGCAUAUUAUUUGUUGUUGUGUUAAUCGUUUUACUAUGGAUGUCUACUCAAGUGGCCGAAAUGCAAAUAUUCCGUGGUGCUGUUUUCAUUUUGGAAAGGCGUACAAGACGAAGACACCAUGAUGCUACAAGAGUUGCGCCUGUAAUUCCUAAUUCAUCUAUAAGUGAACAAUCUACAACAGAAACAGUUCCAUUAAAUGAUGUUAUAGAAACAAAUUCAACAUUGAACAAUGAUAAUCCUCAAAAUAAAAAUGAUGAUCCUGCUGGUUCUAAAAUUGAUGUAAAUAAAACUGAACAGUUUAAUGAAUCUAGUCAAAGCGAUUCUACCAAUAAUAUUGAAAAUGAACCGCAGAUAUAUGAAGACUCUAUAAGAAUACGUCUUAAGUAUUUAAAUGACAACUGUCGUUUAGUUCAAGGCAGGUUACAAGAAAAUGUUGGUGUUUUCAAAAGGAGACAUUUUACCAAUGAGCUAGCAUCAAAUAAAAUUAUUCGUUUAAUAUUUCAAGGAAAAGUAUUACAUGAUGAUGAAGCAUCACUGAGUAGUUGUGGUCUUCAUGAUAAUUGUGUCGUACACUGUCUUAUACAUCAGCCACGUCCUACAACUAAUGCUCAACAAACCCCUGAUCCUGUAAAUCAUGAUACUAAUGAGCAACCACUACCAAAUGUGAUACGUCAUGGUCAACGUCAACCUGGACCAGUUCAACGUGAAUGGAAUUUAGCAACAUUGUUAUCUGCUUUAAUCACAAUAAUAAUAUCAUUAUUGUGGUAUGCCAGAAUUCAGUUUUACACAUUUUUCUCUUAUACAUCUACGGGCACACUAGGAAUAUUGACUGGAAUUUUUUUGUUCACUGCCUUUCUUACUUAUUUGGUGGAUAACGAAGAGCAACAACACCAUCGACCACAAGCCGGACACUAAUAUGUUAUUAUGCUAUAUUUCAAUAUAUAAAAUCAAAUUAUGCACAAAAGCGAGUCUCAAAAUAUUUAAAAAUGUAUGUAAUAUGGUAUUUGUAUUAAUACAUGGUGUCUAAUUUAAUUAGCAAA